GACAUUGGGUGGUCUCUUUCUGUCAGACCUUUUUAUCUAUAGCAGUAGCGCGUCAGUACAAAGCGGGGUCUAAGCCAUGACAGCAGAGCCCCUGACUCAAUGCUGCUUUGGUUAAUCAGUAACCAGGGUGGGAGCACCGCUGGCCGGGUUAAAGUGAGGGAGCAGAGGAGCCAGCACCUCACUCAGCCCCUCACUCAGCAGCAGCAGACACACACGAAGGAAUUGUUUUAAGGUGACAGCCAACAACAGGUAAAAUGCAGAUACUGCGGUCACCUCUCGUAGCCUUCCUACUCUGUUGCUACCUCUCAGGAAGCCAAGCUAACCGCGUCUACGUCCACCCCUUCCAUCUAUUUGCUGCUGAGAAUGUCAGCUGCGAGACCCUGCAGACCCAGACGUCCAAGCCUCUGAAGACGCUUCCUGUGGCCCCUCUUGAUAUUGAAGUCCUGACACCAGAUAGUAGAGACCUAUUGAAAGUGGACGCACAGAGGCAGAACAUCUCAGAGAGGACAGCAGUCCUGGCAGAGCUGUUGAACUCUCUGGGCCUGAGGAUGUACCAGGCUGUCAGCAGCGAGCAGCACAGCACUAACACCCUCCUCUCUCCGGUCAACACCAUUGGAUCCCUCGUCACCUUCUACCUGGGGGCCUCAAAGAAGACAGCAAGCUCGUUCCAGCUUCUACUGGGCCUGAGCAGUGACACCGACCGAGAGGACUGUGUGUCCUUAAUGGACGGACACAAGGUUCUCAAGACCCUGCAGGGCAUUAACUCUCUGGUGGACGACGGGCCGAAAGAUGAAAUCACAACCCAGGUCUGGACCUUCACUCGCCAGGACGCUCAACUGUCCGAGGACUUUGUUCAAGGCACACAGGACUUCUCUGACACAUCGUUCAUCCGCGGUGUGGACUUCUCCAGACCUCAAGAGGCUGAGCAGCUGGUGAACAGCUUUGUGGAGAAGACAUCAGACGGGAGGGUGAAGGGCAUCUUUAAAGAUCUGAACUCCAGCAGCGACCUUCUGUUUGUUUCUUCCUUCAACUUCCAAGGCAACUGGAGGACAGCUUUUCAACCAGAGAAGACCUCCUUGCAGGAGUUUCAUGUGGAUGAAACAACAACAGUAAUGGCUCCACUGAUGACCCACACGGGUCAGUACUACUACCUGAAUGAUAAGGUACGGCGGUGUACAGUUGUGAAGCUGUCUCUGAGCAAACGGUCCUACAUGUUGUUGGUCCUGCCUCAUGAAGGGGCCAGCCUCCAGGAUAUUGAGUCUAAGCUCACUACGCGCACUGAUGUCAUGUCUGGCUGGCACAAGAGCCUCCAGGAGGGUCUGUUGGAGCUGUCCCUCCCGAAGUUCUCAAUGUCUUCUGUGACUGAUCUGCGUGACCUGCUGACCAACAUGGAUCCAGAAAUUGAGGCCAAGCUGUUGGGCUCCCAGGCUGAGUUCAGCCAACUCAGCAACAUCAAACCCUUCACUAUAGAUAAGGCGGUCAACAAGGUGUUGUUUGAGAUGUCAGAGGAAGGAGCAGAACCUCAGGACAAGAUCCAGGAAGAGGGCGUCCCUGUGAAACUGUUAAUCAACCGGCCGUUCUUCUUUUCUGUCAUAGAGGGAGAUUUUAACGCCAUCCUCAUGUUGGGCAAGAUCACAAAUCCUACACUGUAAAGUUUAGAUCAUAGCUGAGUUUUCUAGCUGAAAUAAUGCCCACAUACAUUUCAUGAGAAACAAAGAACAACCCGGCUCAAGAAGGAUCUAUCAAUAUUCGACAGUGUUAUCUUUCACCACCAAGCGGACUGGCGAUCCCUGUGUAUUUAUGAAAAGCUGUUACUUUAAGAUGUUUUCAAGCAGCCUGUUAAAAAUCAUAAUUUGUUUUAUUUCUGUAAAAUGUAUCAUGGCAGAGUGCUGUACAGUAUUUUUCAGUAGAGUAGGUACAGUAACUAAUACUUUGUAUAUUGUAACUAAGUCUAUUUUUGUUUUAUGAUUGAUGUCAUUGUUUUCCAUUAGGGGUUCAGAUAAAGUCAUUAACAUUUCAA